AUGCCUCGUACACGCAGGUCCAAUCGCCAAUCAGGCCCCAGGAAGUACACUAAUGAUCCCUUCGAGAUCGCCGGGGUCAGUGACGAGUCCAAUACUGAGGAACCCAAGCCGUCUCGAGGCAAAGGCAAAGGCAAGGGCGUAGCGGCCGCGCCGCCGCCAGAUUCAUCGUCGGACGAGGAGUUCAAGGCCGAUGAAAAUGAUGCCAAUGACCAGGAAGACAACUCCGAAAAAGAGGAUGAGGACGAUGACGACGAGGAGAUGAUUCCAGAUGAAGAAGAUGAUGACGAGGAUGAAGAUGAAGACAACGGCUCCGACGAAGAUGCCAUGUCGAUUGACGGCGAUGGCCGUGGCAAGAAGAAUCAGAAACCCCUUGCGGCUCGAUCGCAACGCGCCAAACAGCGCCCCCGGGGUUCCAUGCUGCCUGCUGCCGCAGAGACGCAUUCGCGGGGGAUCUGGAAUCCCACCGAGCACGUGGGUAAAGUGGAGCAUCUUCGAGUGACGUUCAGCACGGACGAGAGGGAUCUUCUAGCCGCGGUGCAUGCGCGAGACCAGUGGUCCGGGGGCGCGGACUCGACCUUUCCUACUCGGUCCUCUUUGAAUCGUGCCCAGAAAGCGUCCGGGUAUAGGUAUGGGCUGACGUUUGGGGCCGAGCCGGAGGAUAUGAAGCGCGAAAGCACUCGGGGGUGGGACUGGUAUUAUGCUGAUGAUAUCGGAGAGAGGUUUAGGAAGCGCCAGCGCAUUGAAAAGAUCUCCGAAGAUGAGGCGCGGAGACUUUACAUGCCUCGUUCGAAGGAGCAGGACCACACGGUACUCAUUGGGCCGGUUGAUGGUGAGCAGAGCGAGUAUCAGUUGCCACAGCAUGGAUCACUCAAUUUUGGCGAGGCGUGGGCUGAAGGCAAGGAUUCCGCGCGCCCCAAAAAGAAGAAAAGACAGGGUUGGAUUGUCAAUAUAGGACAAAAGGUUAAGAACAUGGCUUGGGCUCCUAAUCAACCAGGCCUGACGCAGUAUCUGGCCAUGGCUGCUCCCAUCCGAGAAGAGCAGAAAGAGCCCUACCGUCAUCCAUCGAAUUCCGGUGCGCCUGCAUUCACUCCGUCGCCUCCUUAUCCGUGUGCGUUGCAGCUCUGGAUGUUUAAGGCUGCGAAAGAGGAGAGCUUCACGAAAACAUUAGAUAUGAACUUCAAGCCGAGAUUACGGUUAGCUUUGUGUACCGAGUGGGGGGACUUGAAAAAGAUGGCCUGGUGCCCCAUGGCCCGAGAGCCACGAGAUGAGGACGAGGAAGACGACUUGAGGAACGUCGGACUUUUGGCAGGCAUCUGGGGAGACGGGUGCCUUCGAGUCAUCGAUGUCAAACUGAAUCGGAAUCCAAACAAGACGGAGUUCCUCAAGGUCCAAUCCCCCGUAUUCGAAGCCAGGCCUCCUUCCACUGUGGGCACCUCUUUAACAUGGCUCUCGCCCAGCGACAUCGCCGUUAGCUGUGCUAAUGGCUUCGUGGCUGUCUGGAGUAUAGCGCCUACUCCGAACUCCCCAUCAAAUCCCCUUCCUUACUUCUAUCAACCCAUCCAUUCGACCUAUAUUCUCACGAUAGCUUCGGGCUACCCAACGCACCCCCACUUACUAUCCACUACAUCAAUGGACGGCGGGACGCGUCUCUGGUCGCUCAUUGACCACAACAAAAACACGGUCGAAUCGAGCCGCAUGCGAGUCGGAUCGGCCCACCUAUCAUACUCCCCCAUGCUGCAAGCAUUCGUCUCCGGUGACGAAAACGACUUUGCCCGGCUACUGGCGGUGCGUCGCUUCUUCACGACAAGCGCCAUAGCCAGGCUUCCCAGCACGAUUACUGCCCUCGCACCGUGCAGCUCCUGGCACCCGAGCACUCUCUACGGGAGCGCCAGCGGGGCCGUGGUUGCGAUCAACCCUUUGAAGCGAGUCCUGCACCCCAAGGAGAAACAAUGGCAACAGACCUGGUUCACGCACGAAUGGGUGCGAGGUGCAGAGGCGGACAGCCCCGGAACCAGUCGCUUCUUCGAUGGAUAUCGCGCCGAAUCCGCUAGCUUGCUGCGCAACAUGGCUGGAGAUCGCAAGCUAGUGAACGGAACCAUGAUCAUCACGCUCUACGAGGAAGAAACGCACGUUACGGCGGUAGCGUGGAAUCCCAACCAGGCGUGCGCGGGAUGGGCCAGUGCCGCCGUGGGUUGCGGACUUAUUCGCAUCGAAGACUUAGCUAUGUAA